CCGAGUCGUCUAACUAGUUAGUCGUACGUUAAGUGCUGGUGGCGACAGACGCUGUGAUUUUCUUGUAUUCAUAUAAGUAGAAGUCUUUAAAAUGUCUCGUCUCACAAUUUUGGUGUUGUUAGCAAUAUGUGCCAGUGUUUUCUCACAUACAUAUCACUUAGGGGCAUGUCCUAUAGUAGAUCCAAUGCCAGGAUUUGAUAUGAACCAGUUGCUGGGAGUCUGGUACGUCAUCCAGAAGACGUCUACAGCAUCUCACUGCAUCACAUAUAACUUCAGCAGAACUGACGAGCCCGGUCAAUAUGAAUUAGAACAGGUGUCCCAACACUUUCUUUUGGGAUUGACGCCUUUGGAACAUGAUUAUCGAUAUACUGGAAUUUUAACUGUUCCUGACCCAGCAGUUCCCGCCCGGAUGAAAGUACGAUUCCCGCUAAGUGUAGCUGGGUCUGCGAGCUACACAGUAUUGGCGACUGAUUACAACACCUACGCUGCGGUGUUUACUUGUCAAAAAAUGACUAAUAUUGCCCACCGUCGCUCUGCUACCAUUCUAUCCAGAACGAAGGAACUUGAUAAGAUGUACCUCGAUAAGAUGCGUACAAAACUAGCAUCGUUCGGAGUAGACCCGUACGACCUCUCCAUCAUAUCGCAAAGCGAUUGUCCCAAACAUCCCAAUGGCACAGAAGGAGUGAAUAUCAACAUCGAUCCUCAUACUUUCUCUACACACAAUAUCGGCGAAGCGGUCAGAAAGACUGGUGGGGUUAUUGCGGAUGGUGUUGAGUACGUAGUGGAUGCAGGCAAGAAGGUGUACCACAAAGUUGCCAGCAGCAAGGAAGACCUUACCGAAUCGCCUUCCAAGCCUAUUCGCAAUUUAAAUGACGAUGCUGAAUGGUUACCUUAGGAGUUAGGAGGUCAGCCUUAUAGACAUUGCUGUGAGAGGUUGUAAUUGACUGAAGUUUAAGCAGUUUCAUGUUAAACCUACCUUACUCAAUACUCAACAAAUGUAGUAUUUGCGUAGAGUACUGAAACAUUAGUGCCAAAUCAAAUUUCAUGAUCUGAAAGCAUUUAUUUUUUGUAACAAUAACAAUAGCUGUUAUGAUACAUAUUAUACCUAGUCUAGCAAAAACAUAAACCAUGUGAGUCGAUAAUAUAAAAUGAUAUUAAAUUUGAUUAAAAUAGGUUUGAAUACUAUUUAUCAAUAAACUAUUUUAAAUUAUAAUAAA